CAAAGUAGAUUGCCAGCUGACAGUUUGACGUCAGCUCCCGUUGUUGUUUUGAAACGAUGUAGUAAUCAUUUUAUCUAGCAUGGCUGCAAGUGUAUUUAAAGCAGCCUUGUUAUCCCGUUUUAAUUUCCCUUCCAGUAAAUAUUGGUUCCGAGUGAACAUGAAUACUUUAACACUAGUGGCAGUUUUCGCUCUAGGAGUGAUGUUUACGUGUAUUGUGUCGAUCAUGACGUUGUACAUCCAGAAGGAAAUCGCAUUUCUGCAAGUUGAUCGAACUAAAGAAGAUUUAAUAGCCGACAGACGAAAGAUUUUAGAAAAAUCUCAGAAAUUUGUUAUGGUUCCUGGUGAAUCUCAGCUAUCUGUGGGAGACACAGAACUCUCGGUUGAUCCAGCUGCUUACUUAUCUCCUGCUGCCGAGACUCCAAAGAAGAAGAACAAAGAUGCAAAUACUUUGGAAGCUUUGGGUGCUUUGCAUGCAGCGAUAGAAAUGCAGAAAAGUGGUAAACAUUCAAAAGCACUGAAACUUUUUAGCCAUGCCCUUGCAUUGGACCCAGAACAUCCAGAUAUCCUAAAUCACUAUGGGGAGUUCUUGGAAGAAACUGAACGCAACCUGCUAGAUGCAGACUAUCAUUAUUCCAGAGCCCUUACAUUCUCGCCAAACCACAUGAGAGCUCUCGAAAAUCACCAGAGGACCUCACCCAUAGUUGACGAAUUAGACAACAACCUGCUGAAAAGAAUAGACCAGAAAAGAGAUGACCUACUCAAUACUCCAGAUUCCAGUUCUGGGUUAAGAAGAAUUAAAAAAGAAGCCUACUUCCAAUACAUCUACCACACAUUGGGCAUCGAAGGCAACACAAUGAGUCUUGCUCAAACUAGAACAAUUGUGGAAACUCGAAUGGCAGUUGGCGGCAAGAGCAUAAUUGAACAUAAUGAAGUUUUGGGCCUCGACGCGGCCUUAAAAUACAUCAACAGCACUCUAGUCCACCGAAUAGGUGCUAUUACAUUUGAAGACAUACUGGAAAUUCACCGACGAGUGCUCGGCUUCGUCGACUUGUUUGAAGGGGGCCGGCUCAGGUCAACUCAAGUUUUCGUGGGGAAUCACAUUCCUCCUGGGCCGUCUGAAGUUCAACUUCUGAUGAAAGACUUUGUUCGCUGGUUAAACUCUGCUGAAACACUCUCUCUGCACCCUAUCCGUUUCGCUGCAUUGGCGCACUACAAACUAGUACAUAUUCAUCCUUUCAGUGACGGAAACGGGCGCACUUCUCGGUUACUGAUGAACCUAAUUCUCAUGCAAAGUGGUUACCCACCAGUCAUCAUCCGCAAGCAGGAUCGCGCCAAGUACUACGAUUACCUUCAACAAGCCAACGAAGGAGAUGUCAGGCCAUUCAUCAGGUUCAUAGCUCAUUGUGCUGAGCAGACGCUGGAUGUUUACCUGUGGGCCACAACUGAGCACAGAACAAGUAUAGCUGAAUUGGCCCAAGAAGAUGACGGUAAAACUAUCAUCGUUGACCAGCAAAACUGCUGUAUGGGCGGCUGAUUAAAUCAUUUCUGGUCAUUACGGAUUUUCACUACUCUUAUAGCUAAAAUUUCAUGUAAAUACGAAAAUCACCAUAUAUAAAAUAAUUGGGGUUUUGAUUUCAAAUUACACGACUACGAGUCA